AUGUCCAAAAAACUCAACACAAAAAUUGAUUUGGAAGACUACAUAAAAUUGGAUAAGAUCGGUGAAGGAACACUACGUGUCGUGUACAAAGCUCAGAAUACUGAGGAGAACAACCAACUGGUGGCAAUUAAGAAAAUUCGACUCGAAUUUGAAGACGAGGGCGUACCAGCUACAGCAAUCCGCGAAAUUUCUAUGCUUCAAGAGCUGGCCAAUCCGAAUAUUGUCGAAUUCAUUGGGAUUUCAAUCCAGGAGAGUCGUCUCUAUCUUUUCUUCGAAUUUAUCAUGAUGGACCUGCGGAAGUAUUUGGAUCAAUUGCCAGAGGAUCAGUAUCUACCAAAGAAAACUGUGCAACGCUUUGCUUUCCAGAUUUGUCAAGCGUUGUGCUUCAUGCACCAACGUCGAGUGCUCCACCGCGAUUUGAAACCUCAAAACCUGCUCGUGGACGAAAAAGGCGUCAUAAAAGUGGCAGACUUUGGCCUGUCACGUUCGAUAAAUAUUCCUGUACGGAUCUAUACUCAUGAGGUAGUAACUUUGUGGUAUCGAGCACCAGAGAUCCUGCUCGGAGCUCAUCGUUAUGCCGCCGCCAUUGAUGUUUGGGCAAUCGGAUGCAUUCUAGCGGAGAUCGUGACCAAGACAUCGCUUUUCAAAAGUGAUUCAGAAAUCGAUCAACUAUUCCAAACAUUCAGGUUGCUUGGUACCCCGACUGAGAAACAAUGGCAUGGUGUGAUGAAAAUGCCUGAAUUCAAGGCUCGGUUUCCUAAAUGGAAAAAGAAUCUGUUGGACGAGAAACUACGACCCUAUUGCGACAGUCGUAUGAUUAACCUGAUCCAG